UUCUCGAAAAUUAUUUAACCGCCAUUAUCAUCGUCGUCGUCCCGUGAAAUCAUGCUAAAAUUGUACUUUCUUGUAACAGUGAUUGUGUCUUUUGUUUUAAUCAGUUCUUCCAAAGAUGUAAUUCUCAAAUACAAUAUCAAACAAAACCUUCGUGCUCGGUCCCUUCCAUAUGAAGAUUGUGGAUCUCACUACGAUAUUUUACUUUUGGAAAUUUCAAGUUGUUCUCAGAUACCAUGUUCCAUGGAAAGAGGCAGUCAGGUUUUUGUUCAUGCAGUUUUCGAUGACAAAGAUAGUAAUACUCAAUUUUUAAAGCACAGCGUUAGAUGGGUAUUCAAUGCUAUUAAAACCGCAGCAACUAUAAGCCCAGAUCCAUGUGAUGGCCAGGAUGAAUGUAUAACCAAUAACGCAGAGGGAAAGUCAUAUUGGGCCUCGGUUUAUGUCAAUAGCUCAUUGCCAGUGAUGCGGGGGUCAAUGGUGUGGGAAGCAGGCAAUGACAAAGAGAAAAAUUUAAUAUGUUUUAAGAUUCCAAUUUAUAUAACGUUAUAAAAAAUAAUAUGAGGUGAUUUAUUUGCGUUUAUUUAAAUUAAAUACUCAAACCAAGUGAUGGAACUUAUAAUGAUAUUCAUAUUUGACUGCUGAAAUAAAUACACGUAAUUAAGAAAACUGUUAAAA